CAACAAUCUACACUGUGGUGGACAUGAACGCAGAGACACACACAUACAGGAUCCGCGACACAAUCACUGGACAGGAGAAGGUGAUCCACAGGAACCUGCUGAUGCUUGUAAAUUUCCUCCCUGUGGGUGACUCAUCUGGACUGUCUGACCACGCUUCAUCUGUGUCUGUUGCAGUAUCCUCAGCCCCAACACCUGAUGAUGUGAGAGAGGCAGGAGAGAUCUCUUCUGAGAGAGCGAGCAGGACUCUUUUCAAUGCUAGUGACAGCCUUGUUGAUGGCAGUGAUGGACACUCAGCUAUGACUGUGGUAGAGGGACAGAGCCCUUGACGGUUCCAGAGCCUGUGGACUCUGAGAAAAGAACCAUAGAAUGGAUCACACAGUUGUCUACACCUAGUCAGUCAGAAGUGGAUGUUGCUGAUGUAACAAGUGUGACCCGUGACCCUCACGAUUCCCUAGUCUUGUCUGAGGACAACCAAACUUAUGACUCUAGACCUGUGACUGCUGUGGACGUCCUGAGACAAUCAGACCACAUUCAUGACACUGUGACACAGACAGACAAUUUGUCAGACACUUUACACACUACUGUUCAGACCUCAUCCAUAUACUCUAGUGACUCUAGUGCACUCACACAGGUUAGGUCAAGAUUUGGACGCUUAGUCAAACCUGUAAACAGACUUAUACAAACUAUGUCCAGGCAGGACGUUGUUCAGGAAAAGUUUAAUGUUAAGACUGUUUGCAAGUCCAUGUUCGGGCUAUUACUGACUAAAGCAAUACCAUAUAGCUUAUGUUUUUGGCUGUAGUUUCUUUGUAUUGGUGUUUGGUAUCCUUUUAAACUGUAAAAGAUUUUUUUACUAUCAUGGGCCUACAUUGCACUGCGUUAGGGUCUUGUGGGGUGUACAAGGCACCCCUGUGUUGCCAGUUGCUGGAUUGAGGGUUUAGGCUGCCCUCAUACCACUUCAUCCUUACGGGAUACAUUUGGUGUUGGUUUUCUUGAUGUUGACCCUCUGUAAUUUGUAAUUUUGUUAGUGUUUUCUUCAGUGGUUGUGUACUAGGUGCCCAAGUUCGAUAAAAUUCAGUGGGGGUGGGUGUAACGGAGUUAAAAAUGCACUUUAAUAAUUCUUAUUAUUUUAUUGAACAUCUGUGAAUUUUAUUUGCCAUUUAAUUAUUUUAUUGAAUAUCUGUGAAUUUUAUCUCAUUGUGUUAUUUUUAUUUAUCUUUAUUUUUGCGAAUGUGCCUGUGGAAAUGACCCUACAUGCACACUAUACCCUUUUGUACCUCCUAAGCUUCCGUAGUGCUCCAUCUCCCUCAGUCUCGUUUUAUACUGCUGAGGGUAAGUUGUGUGGAAAUGUGCUGCUGGGCUAAAGUAUUGUUUUCUUCGGAAAUUUAAUUAUUUAAGUUACUUUUAACGUCUUAUAUUAAUACAAUAAUGCUAUGUAGCAGUCUUGUGUUAGUUUAAUCGCACAAAUACUUUUUAGCAGUGUUCUUAUAUUCACUUUUUUUUGCCGCCAUUUUACCCAGCGACAGGCGGGUCGCCAUGUGAACAAUGUAGCUCGUCGGAGAUUUCAGGGCCUCUUUUGUGUAAACGCUGUAUUUAUGUAUGUUUAGGAAGCAGAGGUGCAGUGAGAGGAAGCCAGAAGGCAAUUUAAUGUGCAUUGUGUUCUACAGGUAUGCAUUUUUCUCUUUGUUUAUUAAUGUAAUUUUCGUUUCUCUAUGACUUUACACACACUUUUCAUUCAGCCUAACAUGGGUUGCUGUUAUUUUCUUUAUGGAAACAUAUGUACUGUGUUUAUGUGUUUGUUGCAUUUAAUGCUUAAUAUUUUCUGAAGUGUUAAUGGUUUUCUAUAGGUAAUGUGCACUCUGAGCAAAAUACCUCAUGUAAUGUUGAAUGAAUGCAUUUGUAAUGUAUUUUAAAUACAUAAGUGCUCAGUCUCGUUUUAUACUGCUGAGGGAAGCAGAGGUGCAGUGAGAGGAAGCCAGAAGGCAAUUUAAUGUGCAUUGUGUUCUACAGGAACCAAUAAAUUGUGAAAAGACAAGAAGUCAUCUUGUGAGUCGUCCUUCACAAAACCUGAUCAUACACUCCCGUUACAUUAGCAUAUUCAUAUUGUGUAAUUGUUUUGUAAAGCAACCAAUAAACUGUAUUGUUUCUGUUGUAACUAAUUAUAUUUGCAUUUGUGAUAUAAAGUGAUAUCUAGGACAGCUGCAAGCACCGUAGUUCAUCAACACAUCCCCAGAUAAUAGCAGAUUGUGACUGUCUCUCUCAAGACAAUACACUCAUCAGAUCUGACCUCAGAGAUCAGAUCUCUCUGAGGCGGGGAUCUGGACACAUUCCAAGGACUGUUGAUACAUGCAUUGGGAUGCAUACAAUAAUGACCAUAGAGACAAAAUAGCCUGGUAAAAUUGAAAUAAGCAUUAAACAAGAGUUCCAGCGUGGGAGAGCUUAGCGGCUAGGUGUUGAACCGUAUUAGUCAGGUUCACAUGGGUCUCCGUAAUAAUUCUCACAAUUUAAAUAGUCAACCUUGGAUGUGUAUUUAAAUUAAUUGUCGUUUAGUACUUUUUCAGCGUUACUUAAUUAGAAGAAGCAGUGCGGUCGGAGCAUCGCUUUCACAUGGUAGCUGUAACUUUUCUCCGCGCUGUUGAAGAUGGCUCAAUCAAAGUCGUUUGUGAUUAGUGGAAAACAUGUUUUAAAUUUUAAAAGUAGAUUUUCACUUUAAUGUCAGUAACUAAUAAUUGGAAUAAACGUGUUAAAAAUAUUAUACGUUUAGUGUACAAAAUCAUCAGUAAUGCGUCUUGAGAUUUGAAUGCGGCCCAAUGGCGGAUACGCUUUUCUGAGCCACCAUGCGCCCCUUGAGGAAGGCUCUUUAUUUAUCAUAGGAAACAGUCAGUAAUAUCCCGUCCCAUGAUCAGGCUGGGUGCAUUGAUCCAAAGUUUGCCUCUAGGACCCAGAGGAACCGCUGCUCCGGAUGACAGAAAGCACUUUUAGAGUGGAAGUCUCGUACAGGCACAAGUUUAACACAACAUUUGUGGAAAGGCGAGGUGUGCACAACUGGCAUUGACUGGAGUACACAACGCCUGGAAUGACAGUGGCGGAGUGAAUGGAUGGAUGGCAGUGACUGUUGCGCGUCGCCCCGUUAUGAAUGUCAACAUUUUAUGCACCAAGUCUGAGGAGUUGUCCUGCAACGCUAUUUCACACAACAUUUAAAAGACAAACUCUGGUGAUGUCUGAGAAAUGUUUUUCUUUCAAGUGUGGGACUCCUGGGAUUUUUUUGGUUUGAAUUGUCCUGAAUGAUCUGGAUUCAUUUCAUCACCCCGCAGGACAAGACAAUUGCAUCUUGUUGCUUUCUUAAACCUCCCACGGAUAUAUACAGCGUUAUAGCAAGUUAUUAUGGAUGCGCACUGAAUGCGCACAAGGACAUGUAACAGGGAAUGAAUUAAAAACAUAGCUAUAAUUCACUUGCCAUCUCAAGCAAGCUGUAUAUAUGUUAAACAAUUAAAAAGUGCAGUGUUAAAACUGAUUUGCCCCUAAGCGGAUUAUGGUGCCAUGGUGGCAGAAGUUAAAAUGAGGGCUUUUGGCGAGCAGUUGGUGCGCUCAGAAUGGCCCGGGAGGAUUCGGUGAAGUGUCUGCGCUGUCUGCUCUACGCGCUCAACUUUCUCUUUUGGCUUAUGGCCCUGUGUGUGCUAGGAGUGGCCGCCUGCCUCAGGGAUCACCUGAACAAUGUGCUCACCUUAACCGCCGACACCAGACUGGAGGAGGCAGCCGUCCUCACAUACUCCCCUGUUGUCCAUCCAGUCAUAAUUGCUGUGUGCUGUUUUCUAAUCAUCGUGGCAAUGGUAGGCUACUGCGGAACACUCAAGUGCAAUCUUCUCCUACUGUGCUGGUAUUUUGGCAGUCUGAUGGUGAUAUUCUGUGUGGAGCUGGCCAGCGGAGUAUGGACAUAUGACGAGCCUAUGGUACAGAGGUCUGAUAUGAUCAGUCUAAAGUCACGUAUGUCUCAUUUUGGCCUUCAACGCUACCAGUGGCUCACACACGCAUGGAACUCCAUACAAACUGAGUUAAAGUGUUGUGGAGUGAUCUACUUUACUGAUUGGCUGGAGAUGACUGAGAUGGAGUGGCCACCCGACUCCUGCUGCUCCAAUCAGUAUCCAGGAUGUGCCCGCCAUGCCCACUACCAUGACCUCAGUGACCUUCAUCAAGAGGGUUGUGGUCCUAAGAUCUACAGUUUUAUCCGGGGCACCAAGAAGUUGCAAGUUUUAAGGUUCUUGGGUGUGUCAAUUGGAGUAGCCCAGAUUUUAGCCAUGACAUUGACUGUUACACUCCUAUGGGCUCUUUAUUAUGACCAUAGACCACCCGACCCAGCAUCCCCGGACACCCUAACCCAUACCCAUACGCACAGCCCUGCUGAAGACUCCUUGAAGCCCAGCCAUUCACAUUCACGAGUGCCUGAGGCUUGGGCCAACACGACCCCUAACGGACACACUCAGUUUGAGAUGGAACAGCUUUCCUAGCAGUCAAUCAGACCAGAGCCGUCUUCAUGACAACAAAUCAGUUGCCACCAUGACACUUUGGAGACACUCAAAAUGAUUUUCUUGCUCUGCUGACACUGAUUGGAUCAGACAGUGUAGAGCUAGACCAAAAAAGUGGACCUUAUGGAAUACGAAGUAGGAUGUCAAGAUUGGUUGUGCAUUGGGCAAAGGUGUGAACUAAAGCUAAGCGUAUUGAUUUUGAAAACUACCUGUAUCUACCUGUGGAAGUUGGAGCUAUUUUUUGUAGUCCAUUCAUGGAAAGAUGAGGAAGAUUCACUAUGUUCUUCCUAAAUAAAGCUGUUGGAUCUCACUCUAUAGACUAAAGGAGGUGUUCUGGAAUAAACUUGGAAGAUAAAAAAGAAAGGGGUUUUCUUUAAACCUUUCUUCUUUUAACAGAAAGGACAGUCACAGCUAACACAGACCUAGCUGUAAAUCACUAACAAAGACAACAAGCUAGGUCAUUUUUAUUCCACUCACACAGACAUAUGUAGUCACACAUAUGCACAAGCUUAAGGCUUAAUGAAAGAUUUCAGAUGGAAUUAAAGACAUUGCUGCUGAAGGCUGAUAUUGAAGAUACUGGGAUACAUUGUGGAUUUUCAUGUCUUAAUUUAAAAGCACAGUUAUAUAUGAUAUGGACUGUUGCAAGUGUGUUUUAGAACCAGAGUAGUAUUCAUUUUUAAUACAAUAAUAGUGCACACAUACUGUUUGGUUACAAGAGAGGGCCGAACUCUUCAAGGCACUGUGUUUAGUGUUUGAGAAACCUCUGUUUUGUCUUGCAUGUGAAUCACAGUGCAUUAAACAUGAAGUGUUUCGAUUUUCAGUCAAAUGCUUUGACAUCUCAACUUCUUUCACAUAAAUAUCUGUUUGGCUGUAACCAAGAUUUAAAGUUCUUUUUGCCAUAUACUGCACAGUCUGGCGCGUUUUAGUAACAUAUCUGACACAUAAGAUAUUCAUUUCAUGCCACGCAGUAACCAUAAGUCCAUAACCCUGCAAUUUCAAACAGAUGAAGCAUGUAACGGAGCCUCGUUUCUUACCAAGCGGUUUCUUCCGCUGAAGCAAGCAGAUUUUCUGCCCAGCAAUCUGUUUAUUUGUGUGAGCAUUCCAGGUGUCACGCUUAAGAGCUACUGGGUGGAAA